AUGGCUAACCGGAACGUGCACCAAGGGGGCGUGCAAAGUAGUAACUCUCCACAACCAGCGAAACGUGGGACCGACUCCCCGGCCCCGGAGCAGACCCCUGCGAACAAAGACAGCCCAGCGCCCCCACAACAGCAACAAUCCCCCGCAGCCGAGGAAGCAGAAGGAGCCGGGGAAGCCACCGAGAAUGCCCCCCAAGAAAUGACCCUGGAUAUCACAAGUUUUCGGAAGCCGGGAGAAAAGACGUUUACCCAGAGAUCACGACUGUUUGUGGGGAACCUUCCGGGGGACAUCCCGGAGGAAGAGUUCAGGGAAAUGUUCUCCAAAUACGGGGGAAUAAAGGAGGUCUUCAUCAACAGGGACCGAGGCUUUGGCUUCGUUUGCUUGGUAUGUACAAAUCUGUUCAUACUUGUCUGUUCAUGAUGUCGUUAAUAUUUUAAUACACUACUAACACUCUCCUGACUCUUUGUUUACAGUGUAGGAAAGUAUACUGCACACUUGACAUUUACUGUCUGUACACCUUUGUAGGUUAUGACCCUUAUCUGUGUGUGUCCUACAGUCUUGCAGUGUAAAUCACAGAUUCAUACGCAUAUUAGGAGCUUGCAUUGCAAAAGUUACUUCUCUGAAACAAUAAAAAGAUGCCUUUUAUUAGUCACCAGAAAAAAGGGUGGUUUAAGGUUGUAUUAUGGCACAGGUGUCAAACUCAAGGCCCGGGGGCCAAAUCUGGACCUUAGCACAGUUAUAUCUGGCCCACAAGAUCAUAUCAUAUUUGUAUUGUUAUUGGCCCACCAGUAUGAAGUCUGCAGAUUUCCUCCAGUAUAAUAAUGUCAACUUUAGCACCAUUGUUUAAAAUAUCCUUAAUAAGCCAUGAAAAUCUCGGAAAUUAAAGAGUAAGGAAGAUUUGAUAAAUAGUCAAGAAUGUGGGGGAAAAUCUUUGGUGUUUUAUUUCAUGUUUUUAAUUUUGCAUUUCAAGAUUACAAGUCAUACAUGAAUGGAUUUUUUAUUUCAUGCUUUGAUUUUGUUCCACUCAGUAUUUAGACUUGUGUCAUUUUUAUACUUUAGAUUCCAAUUUUAAAUUUUAAGUCAUAUUUUGGCCUUUUCAACCUCAUGCAUUUGCUCUUUAAAAGUAUUAUUUUUCUAUUUUUUAUAUCAUGCACUUAUCUUUGGAACUAAUAAAUAAAAAUAGAAUAAAAACAUAAAAUGUUUUUAUUUCAGAUUGCCUUUAAACUUAUCUUUUUAUCUUUUUUUAAUUUCUAAAUGGUUUAUAAUCAUUGCUGUUUUUGUUACUUAUGUUUUGAAAAGGAGGUAGACAGUUUUGGUGAAAUGUUGACCCUGUUUGGCCCUCAGGUUGGACCUAAAUCCAGAUUAUGGCCCUUGCUGUGGUUGAGUUUGACACCCCUGUGUUAUGGAGUAAAAAAUGAUCAAAUGUCCUUGACAACAACGUCAGCAUUAUAUGGCUUAUAUGUGAUAAAAGGUGGCUAGGGCUGGGCGAUAAAACAAACGAUAUAUAUCGAAAAUUAAUUUCCCUCAAUAGCAAUGUAAAACAUGGUCAAUAUGCUUUUCAAUAGUCGGCAUUCUGCCAUGUUUUGGAACCCCAUUAGCUUCCACAAAGUGGUUGCUAGUCUUCCUGGGGUCCAAAAAGUUAAAAUCACAAUACAAUUACAUUUCAACAAUUAAUUUAUUAUAAAUACAGAUUUAAAUCAUGAUUCCUCAAAACAUUAAAAUCACUCCAAAAUCUGUACUUUUAUGGUUCAUUCAUAUAUACAGUUUCGUCUUAAAGUCCUUUUAAAAUAAUACCUACUGCUUAUUUGCUGUGCGCUCCUAGGCAAUUGAUUCCACAUUUCCAAAGAUCUAAAUAACUUUAGAUCAUUCACAUUUGUUCUCUGAGAACAACCAAGAGCUACCCUGGCAGCUCUAUUCUGGGCAAGCUGCAGUUUUUUCAAGUGCCCCUGGUAGACUAUACGAAUAGCCAAUGAAAAGGGGAGUUGCUCCGGGUCCACUUCACUCUGAACCAAUCAUGUGCUUAAUUAGAACCAAGUAGCAAACAACUGUGUCGUAGCAGGCUGCAGCUACACGCAACCAUAGCACUUUAACAUGUGAAGCUGACAGCACUGACAGUGAGAAAAAAAGAAAAUGAGAGCUACCCCAGGCAGAAAUGCAGGUGAAGGCUCAGCAGAUGACGACAUUGUCGACAAAACUGGCACAAAAACGUCGUAGGUAUUUUAAGGUAUUUUGGUUUUUUGAGGUCAGACAUGAAGCAGAGUAAUAUGCAAAUUAUGUCAAGAACAUGUUCUGGCAAAAUCGAGGAAUACCUCAAAUCUUUUUCACCACCUGAAGCAGUGCUACACAGUAGAGCAUGCACUAUCCAAAAGGUUACAAAUCCCAAACGGAGCAAAGAGCCAUGGAGCCUGUGCAGCUGAAAAAAACUACCAUUCAGUCCACUUUCUCUCACACAACGCCUUAUGGCAAAACGUUGAAGAGACACAAAGACCUCAGAGAUGCAGUAGCUUAUUGUAUUGCAAAAGACAUGCUACCAAUAAGCACUGUAAAAUUUCAUUUUUUAUAUCCUGAUAUAUUGAUAUCGACUGAUAUGAAAAGUAUAUAUCGUGAUAAACUUUUUCCCUUAUCGCCCAGCCCCAGUGGUCAUCAUGUUAGACUGAGGCUUCAUCAUCCUUCUUCCUCUAACAUCUCUUUCACAGGAGACUCGGACCCUUGCAGAAAUCGCCAAAGCCGAGCUCGAUGGAGUUAUUCUGAAGAACCGACCCAUCAGGAUCCGCUUUGCCACACACAAUUGUGCACUCAAGGUGCGCAACUUGCUGCCUGCAGUGACAAACGAGCUGCUGGAGCAGGUAAAUAUAGCUGAGAGGUUUGAGAUCCCAGUGUGAUGAAUACAGUAUGUGUCUGUUUCUGUUUUGUGUGGACUGAUAUUUAAUAUGAAGACUCUCCUUUACCAUCAGGCCUUUUCCCAGUUUGGUCCAGUGGAGCGGGCUGUUGUCAUAACUGACGAUCGGGGUCGUCCCACAGGGAGAGGGAUCGUGGAAUAUGCAAACAAACAAUCUGCCCGCAAAGCCCUGGAGCGCUGCACGGAGGGAGCGCUUCUCCUAACCACGUAAGCAGAGGGGAUGUUGUUCACUGGAUGUAAAGAGGGCCUCACGAUGUUGUUUGCACACACAACAAUGAGCCAGAUCUUUAACUAGCCUCGCCUUAACCCUCAUUAACCCCCCCCCUCUCUCAGGACACCCUGUCCAGCUAUUGUGGAGCCUGCUGAGCACUUUGAUGAAGAAGAUGGACUGCCUGAGAAAGUUAUGCAAAAGUCUCCAAAAUACCACAAGUGAGUGUCAUUGCAGCGGUGCGUUCACUGCCAGUAGUUUAAAGGGAUGUUCCAACGUAAAAUUAAGUGGGUCAAACACACCGCAACACCGAAUUAGACACCCCGUCGAGAGAUUAAUGUUGCCGACCGCUUGCUUCUCUAGUUAUACCACCUUUAGUCACGACCGCAGUUAGCAAUACAGAGAACCACGCGCUCAACCAAAACGCCACUCUAUAGCCACAAAUAACUCUCAGAACAGCACCUAACUUCAUCAACAGGACAUAUAGGGUCCCAGCCAAAGUACUAGCCACCAAACAUCUUUUUAACUUUGCCUGAUUUCUUUAGCAGAGACUAAACACAACUCACCUACUCUCUUCCAGCAGCCGCUCGUUUGUAUGGAGACCUCCGGGCGAGUCUAUCAACUGCUGCGGGGUGACGCAGCUCAAGGAAGAACAUUUAUAAUCAUUACUUCAUCAUUUCCUUGAAGUAAUAACCAUCAUAUUAAUUAUUUUGCACUGCAGACGCGGUAGUUCUUCUGCCUUAGCGUCUCGGUCUGAUUUCAUUUCCAUAGAAAAAUGAUCAUAAAUGUUCUUCCUUGAGCUGCGACACCCCGCUGCAGUCGAUGGACUCACCCAGAAGUCUCCGUACAAACUAGCAGGUGCUGGAAGAGAGUUGGUGAGUUGUGUUUAGUCUCUUUGCUAAAGAAAUUAGGCAAAGUUAAAAAGAUGUUUGGUGGCUAGUACUAUGGCUGGGACUCUUUAUGUACUGUUGAUGAAGUUAGGUGCUGUUCUGAGCAUUAUUUGUGGCUAUAGAGUGGCGUUUUGGUUGAGCGUGUGGUUCUCUGUAUUGCUAACUGCGGUCGUGACUAAAGGUGGUAUAACUAGAGAAGCAAGCAGUCAGCAACAUUUAUCUCUCGACGGAGUGUCUAAAAUCGGUGUUAGGGUGUGUUUGACCCUAAAUUAAUUUUACACCGGAAUAUCCCUUUAAUAGAGUUGGGGUCAGUUUUUAUCAUUUUCCCGUCCUCCAGGGAGCGAGAGCUGCCUCCACAUUUCGCUCAGCCGGGCACGUUUGAGUUCGAAUACUCCUCUCGCUGGAAAGCUCUCUGUGAGAUGGAGAAACAGCAAAGGGAGCAGGUGGACAGGAACAUCCGAGAGGCCAAAGAGAAAUUGGAGGCCGAGCUGGAGUCGGCAAAACACGAACAUCAGCUCAUGUUGAUGAGACAGGGUAGGUGCUGCUCCUGAAGUGAUCACCUCUUAUUUAGAUUGAGUGUUUGAAUUGUUGUUAUUCAUGUUGUCUACUCUGUUUUUCCAGAUCUAAUGAGACGUCAAGAGGAGCUGAGGAGGCUGGAGGAGCUCCGCAACCAGGAGCUGCAGAGACGGAAGCAGAUUGAAAUGAGGUGUGUCACAAACUACAAGAACAGAGCGAGAUAGAGAGGCUGGGAUACUGAUCAGAAUCUGAGGUCGAUGGUUUUAUCCAGAUUAUUCUCCUGACCGCUUUCUUUCUUUCUGUGUGUAGGCAUGAAGAGGAGAGGAGGCGGAGAGAGGAGGAGAUGAUGCGACACAGAGAGCAGGAGGACAUGAGGCGCCAGCCGGACGGCUUCAAACCAAACUUCAUGGAUAAUGUGAGUACAGCUGGAGGCACGUAUUCAGAAACACUCUCUCUUUCCAGCCCUUCAAACACACAUACAGUCGAGGCCGACGCGACUUAACACAAGAGCGCAUGAAAGAAGAGGUCGAACUCUGCACAGCGCAUUUCCUUCAGGUUACUGACCUCGCUGUUUGGUCUGUUGAAACACUAGCUUUGCACUUUUGCACUUUUCAAGCAGUCAGAUUAGGAUUAGUGUGGAUAAUCGUGUGUGUACUUAAACAAUAGACUUACUGUUGUUAUUAAGACAUAUUUAUAAAGCAGCUCGUAAAGCUACUCCACUGGAUCAGUCUUUGCUUUUUAACACCUUAUUUUCAACAGAAUGACAGACAGCUCGUUCUGCUGAUUUCUGACUUCAGAGUAAUUUAAAGGCAGUUUUCCAUCACAUGUUCGAGACAUUUCACAUCUUUUACAGUAUUUAAACUCACUUUUUUGUUUUUAAAUUAGUUGCUGUCAGGCUGCUCCCUCAGUUUGAACAAAAUACACACACGGAUUAUGGAAUAAUACCCCUCAGCAGGUGUCGUCUUUUCCUCCUCUCCUUUUUUGUUGUCUUUUUAUUUGAAGUAUUGAUAUUAACAUGAUCUUCAUUGUGUGUAUAAAUCAGAGAUGUGAUUCUUUUAGAUGUAUCAGGAUCCAGAUUUUAGGACCUGAAAAGUCAUCUCUCGAGACUUUUCAUUCCGACUCAACCUGCUGAUAGAAAUAGAAAACAUUUAUUAUUGUUAUUGUUAUUGUUAUUAUUAUUAUUAUUAUUAAGACUUUGUUUAUUUGAGGUGCUGCAAGAUUACUCUGAUGAUGACUCACAGUAAGAAUGGGUUUUGAUCUCGGUAACAAGCUGAUAUAACCCAGUUUGCAUUUCUUAUUUAGGACAGAAAUCUGCUCAGAUUGAUUUUUAUUUCUGCACUGAACCAUAGCAGUACACACGGUCUGUUACCACUUUGUCAAAGCUCUUUAAUUAUGAGUAAAGAGGUGAAUCAAGUUUUGGGAUGGGAUCUUAAAGGCUUUAUUUUGCUUGUAAUGAAACAAAAAUAAAGCUGAAAUCUGGAUAAUGGGUGCUUUAUUUUCAAAUCUGCAGAUAAGCCAUGGAAAUCAAACUAUAUUUAAAUUACUCUAAAGAAACACCGGCAGCUUAUUAUUGAAAUCAUGUGAAGUGGAGCCAGAUGCACAAAAAGAUGUGAAAAUAAAGCACAUAAAGAGGAAAAAAGAGCAAUUUGACAUCAGAAAAUGGUACAAAACAAGAAUAACACAUGCAGGGAAUCAUCAACCUUGUUUACUGUCCUAUAUUUUUGUCCUUUACCUGAAGGACUUGAAUUGAAAUCAGAGUCUAAGAAAUUCUCCUCACAGGUGGAUUCUUUUAAAGACAGAUUUCUGCAAGAGGAAUGUAUCAUUUGUCAGUUUUUGGCUCUGUUGGAAACAUUAAUCCGACACUUUUGACUAAAAACAACCACAUUAAAUGAGAAUGAUGCUUUUAAGGCACAAAUUCAUUCAUCUAGUGCAGUAGUUCUCAAGUCCAGUCCUUGAGGCCCACUGUCCUGCGUGUUUUUGGAUGUUUCCCAGCUCCAACACACCUGAUUCAAAUGAUCAGCUCGUUAGUAAGCCAUUACAGAGCUUGAUAACGAGCUGAUCAUUUGAAUCAGGUGUGAGGACUGGACUUAAGAACCAAUGAUCUAGUAUAUUUGCAGCCUCAUAAACCAGCAUGUGCCCCACAGUAGCUUCACUGUAAGGCGAGAGUAGCUGCUUUCUGCUGCCCUCUAGUGUGUAAAGUCCAAAGGUUCACACACACACUCCCAUCACUGUCUUUUCUCAUGUAGUUGUAACAUACAGACUUUCAAACAGGUAAGUACAGAUUGAACAUGUAGUCACAUUUUAAUCUAUUUUAGCCGUGCAGCUUUGACGUCUCUAUCUAACCUCUGUAAUGAUAAACUCUGACUGACCGACAGCUGACCUAUCAGACCGAGUUUGUAUAUUUUAUAAUGAGAACUGUUGGGUACUUCAUGUCCGGCUUAUUUCAGUGAGCUGGAUUAAGUCUUUCUUCAAUGUGCUGUUAAGAUUAAAUGAAUCCAGCUCAGUGUACUGUAUGUUUAUUCAACUACAUUCUCUUUGUUUGUUGGCGAGAUUUAAAAAAAGGAGCAAAAAUCAGAGAUGUUUGUGAGAGAGAGAGUGUGAAUGAAUGAAUGAAGAGAUAAUGGAGCAUGUUUUUGUUUUUGUUUGGGCCCGACACGACGAGGAAAGCCGCAUCUCCGUAGAGCUUGUGCUUGAGAGUAUCAGUGUGUGAGUGUUGCAGUUUCACAUUAGUUUGUCCGCUCCUUCCCUGAAAUUCAGCUGAGUUUUGUUCUGAAGGCUCUUCUUCACUUCUUUCAGAGAGAACAGGAAAUGAGAGUGGGUGAGCUGGGCCCUCGUGGAGCCAUUAAUAUGGGAGGUACGGGCAUGAUUAUGUACUGACUGGUUGAUAGAAAAACCAGACAGAGUCAUGAUGAUUGGUGUUUUAUUAUGCUUAACGUAUCUUAUCUCUCUCGCUUGUAUUCCAUCUCAAGUGGCUCCUUUUAAGAUAUAUUCACUUGUUAAUGAGUCAAACGGAAAAGUUUGAGACCCUGUUUGGUGUCAGAAUCACUCGAGAUGUUAUACAAAAGAGGAUAAAUACACAAAAUGUCUUAACUAACGAAUGCCGUGAAGUGCGAAAAGGGGGCUGGUUUUGUUUUGGUUAAGUUCAAUAUUUUUUAAAGAGAGGUUUGGUCCCUGAGCUCUCAUCCUCACUUUGAAGGAGAAACCAUGAUGGUUGAAUAAUGUGGCACCAGUUUUUCAGAAGACAGAGCUCUCCCUUUAAAUCAAGUAAAGCAAGUAAAGACAAACAACCCUUUGCAAAAAAAAUAAAACAAAAAAUAAACAUCAUUAUCGUUCUUCUAGGAGGAGGAUGAGGGGCCAGAGAGUGAAGUCUGAUUUAUAAGAGGAUAACCUCGGAUUGCACAUCAUCUCUACUAAUAAAUGGUUUUGGUUUUGUCGCUCCAAGUACUAAAGCAUGAAGGUUUUGACACUUUUGUCAUGAGUUUGAAACCCAGUCUGCUAAUUGUCCUCAGAUAUGGAUGUAUUUAACAAACCUUAUCUUUUCUAUUUAAUAUUUUAGUAUUUGUGUGAGUGUUGGCUAAGAUUUGGGUGCCACUUGUAUAUGUAGAUAUGUAGUAGUAGUAGUUUGUGUAUGUGUAGUUACUUUUCAUACAUUUUUUUUUUAAUAUUGAUUUUAAUCCUGCACAAAAAACACAUUGGUACAACAUGGUAGAAACAACAGUAGAUACAGAUACAGACCAGCAAAUCAAAUAAAAACCAAUCAGAUAUAAAAGUAACAAGACCCGACCAAUGCGCAACAAAGACAGAGGCAACAAAAAUCAAACAUGGAGAGUUCAAAGUUAUUCAGCAGCUGGUAUUUUGUCAAAGAUUGAAUGCAUAGAAAUUUUACCAUGAGUGAUAGUGUUAUUUAUAUGAAUGAUAAGAAUAGCAAUGGUCCCAGAACUGCACCUUGGGGAGUUCCUUCGUAAUGCGUGUAAGGGAUGCCUUAAUAUCUCCUGUCUUAACAAACUUUAACCAUCUGAGAGGUGAUAAUGAAACCAGGAGUGACUGUUUUUAUUCUUGUCAAGCCUUCACCCAUCUGCAGAACAACUUAGGACAACAAAUUAGGAAAUCUAUGUGCGCCGCUAAGCUUACAGGAGGCCUGUGAGGCUGUCACAGUCAGUAACAGUACUCGUUAAAGUGUAGUCGCCCCCGAAUGAAGAUGAUGUGCAAUCCAUGAUUUAGUUUGUAAGCUCUCAAGUGGAUGCUGCCGAGGUUUGGUGUCACAGUAUUAUUAAGACUAAAGGUUGUCCAUUUUAGCGAUAAAACUCUGCGUUAGAAGUGACUUUCAAGAUGUUUUUAAUUCCAUUCAAAAGUUCUCUAAAGAACCAUUCAUAGUCACGCUUCUGUAAUACUGUGUUCAAACUCUUUGGGAUGGGUAUUGUACUUUCAAAAGCUCUUACUGUGGCAGGUGUAAUGUUGGUACUGUGGCUUUGAAUUUUAGGUGUCAUAGUAACGACUCCUGUUUCUGCUCCCAUCUAUUCUACCAGUAAAAUGUAAACAUUGAAUGUCUGCUAUAACAUAAAACAUCACCUAUUGUCACUUUAACUUGGUUUUUGGUUUGCACUGCUGUGCAGAUGAACCGAUCCGCUAAAUUUUACGUUUUUUUUGCUUGAAUUGGAACAAUAGCAAACAAUAAAAAUGGAGCAUGUGCAUAACGGAUGAGCUGUGGACCAAAAGCCAAUGUUAACUUUGACUUUGAAGUCAGUGAGAUCAGCUCCAAACUUCAGCUGCAGUUCUCAGUCGGAUUUUGGUGCAUUACAUCAACCAAUGCUCCGUAUUUCUGCGUGUAGAUGGCUUUAACCGGGCCUCACCGGGGCCCAGUGCUAACCAGGGUCAAAUGAUGGGCAUGAGUGCGAGGGGAGGACCCGUUGGCCCGGAGGGAACUGCAAAUAUGGGGACACCGUUGAUGUCCGAGAACGGAGCCAUGGUAAUGUAUCAGGAUUAAUGAACUAAAUUUAACCAUCGUUUAGUCAUUAUGGCCAAUUUAUUCUCUAUACCUCUAAAACGAUGCACAAUCUCACAAAAGUGUUUACCUCUCUCUCCUUCUGUCUGCUCGACUCACUUCCUUGACUUCUGCUCUUGGAUGGCUACGCUUGGAUUUCAUAAACCCUGACGGAUGAACUUUUAAUACCCUGUCCCUUACCUGGAUACCCCACGUUCCUGUAUCACCCUCAAACAUGACGUCAUACCCUAAUUUAACCUUCGUCAUGAUACCACAGAGAAACGAAAGAUUCCCCCAGGGUGGAUCAGUAGAGGGCCGACCACAAGUUGAGUCCCCAAAGCAGCAGCAACAGCAGCCACAAGUGCAGCAGCAGCAGCAGCAGCAGCAGCAGCCUCCCAUGGGCCCUCAGGUUGGACAAGCUCCAGGAUUUGGACGGGGGAGUCCAGUAGGCGGAGUGUUUGACGGGCCAAAUAGCAAACGCCGCAGGUUCUAA